AUGCAGGCAAGCAGACUCGGGGUGCCUGAGCGGAACAGCAGCCUCGCGGAUCCCGGAAUCGGGAACUGGUCGUUGAUGGGAGGUUUCGACCUCCUGGGGGAUGGCAGUGCCUUGACCGCAUCGCCGGACAUCUCGUUUGGCCUGCAAAUGUUCAUCGCUUUCAUCUAUUCGGUGGUCUGCUCAGUAGGACUCCUGGGGAACGGCCUCGUGAUGUACUUGAUCUGGGCCCACAAGGGCAGGCCCACACCGGUCAUCAACAUUUUCGUCUUUGGCCUAGCAGUGGCUGACUUCCAGCUCUCUUUGACACUUCCCUUCUGGGCCACGGAGAUCGCCUUGGACUACAAGUGGCCCUUUGGGCAGGCCAUGUGCAAGGCUGUCCCCUCUCUCACCACCCUCAGCGUCCACGCCAAUGUUUUCUUGCUGACCGCCAUGAGUGUCACGCGCUACUGGUCCGUGGCCUCGGCCCUCAAGGACGGGUCGAGGAUGACCCCCCGCGUGGCCCAACGCAUCACUGUGGCUCUCUGGGCCUUGGCUCUGUUGGCAACCGUGCCCGUACCAAUCUACACGAAAGUGGUGGAAUAUGGCGGCAUGAAACUGUGCUUCUACAAGUUCCCCACCACUCGUCUCUUGGGCGUCUACCACCUCCAGAAGGUGGUGUUCACCUUUGUGGUCCCACUGGUGGUCAUCUUGACCUCUUACCUCCUCCUCCUGAAGCUCCUCAAGGUCCACCAAGUCCAUGGCAGCAAUCUGAACCGGCAGAACCAGGUUGCCACCACCGUCCAGUUGGUGGUCGGAUGUUUCUUUGUCUGCUGGCUCCCCAAACAGGCGAUCACUCUUUGGGGGUCUCUGGUCCAAUUCGAAGUGGUGUCCAGGGGGGACGCCUUUUACUUCCUCCACAAUUACAUCUUCCCCGUGGCUACCUGCUUGGCUCACAGCAGCAGUUGCCUGAAUCCUGUCCUUUACUGCUUGAUGCGCCAGGAGUUCCGGGAAGCCACAAAGGAGAUCUUCCAGAGGCUCUCUUCUGCGGCUUCUUCCUACCAGUACUUUUCCACCCACAAGGCUUGGGAGGACGGCGUGUUGGUGGCUCUGCCCUGUAGCCCGUCUCGGAACCCCAACAAGAUCUCUCAGAGUGAAGAGAAGGAAGACUCUACCCUCUCCACCAUCUUGGAGCCGAGAGCCAAGGAGGCAAACGCAGUCACUGAAGUGGAGUUGAUCCCUGGGGUGGAAAUGCUCAUGUGACCCUCUGUAAGUCGGAGGAAACACGUGAAUUACUGAAGGACCCCAGGGAAAAGAUUCCUGGAUGCCGAGGAAAACCGGUUCGUGAUCACUUUCUGACCUGACAGAAAAGUUUUGUUAUCAUAGAACUAGAGGGGGCUUCUUUGAGCUGAGGGUCUCCAGAACUGACCCCUCCCCCCAGGAUCUGUGGCCGAUGCUCAGCCUUGGCAUCUGCAAAGCUAUAACAGAGCUCCCUUGACCAUAUGCAGAGGGCGUUUCUUGCUACUACACAUCUGUGGUUAAAAGAAAGGACUUCUAGGAUAGUUAGGCAGGAUUGAUCCCCUGCACCUGCCU